GCAGGGUGGGGAAGGAGCGGCUCGGCUCAACCUCCGCCGCGCACGGAGCUCCGGGCCGCCUCUGGUGUUGGCGGGCGCGGCCUAGGCGAGGGUUGGCGGUGGGAGCCCCCCGCGGCGGGCCGCUCCCUCCCGCGGGUCGGCUUCUGUAGCUGAGAAUUGUUAGUACCUGUGACAUGGUACACCAAACUCAAGUGUGAAAGCACAAGGCAAAAUUUCAUAUGGCAAUCACUUCUAUGCUGAAGCAUUAAACUACUCUGAAGCUACUCCUGCUGGUACUGGAUCUGUACAUGAUCACUAUUCAUGCAGUGAGUGAAUUAGUAAUCAAGAAGCAUGGUGGGAGUACUUACUAACAGCAGAAAAGCAGGAAUCUGUGGCAGAACUGCCCUUUGUUGAAAAUUGUGGAAAGUUCUCUAGCACUUUUAUUCAGUGAUUAAAUUCAAGACAUGGGGCCAAUGAAAUAUAAGUCAAGUGUGUCCUCCGUGUCCUGUGGUCUGCAAUAUCACCAUUUGUUGAUAAAGUGGAGUCCAAAAAUGAAUUUACACAUAGUGCGGACUUACUGCUCAUCAGCACCUAAGAGGCCUGAAGCCAAGUCUGCGAUAGAAAUGGCCAUGGGUCUUCUUAAUCGGCUGACAGAAGCUGGGACCAUUAUGGGAAAAAACUCCCUUCAAAAAAUGUCUGCAACAUGCAAGAGUUGGUGGGACAGAUAUGAAGAGUUUGUUGGAAUUAAUGAAGUUCGAGAGGCUCAGGGAAAAGUGACAGAGGCUGAAAGUGUCUUUAUGAUAGCUCGAGGGAUAGUACGAGAGGCUCGUGAAAAUGUGGAAGCCCAACAGAUUAAACUGAAGGAAAUUCGGGACCGCUUAGACAGGGUCUCUCGGGAUGACACCCAGUAUUUAGAACUCGCUACUCUGGAACACAGGUUGCUGCAGGAAGAGAAGAGGUACCGAGCUGCGUAUUUAAAUGCAGAAGAAUCCGAGAGAGAAAAAUUCUCUCUCUUCUCUGCAGCUGUAAGGGAAAGCCAUGAGAAAGAGCGAACAAGAGCUGAAAAAACAAAGAACUGGUCUAUUAUUGGUUCUGUACUAGGAGCCAUUAUAGGUGUUCUUGGUUCUACCUAUGUUAAUCGAGUAAGGCUGCAAGAACUAAAAGUCUUGGUGCUUGAAGCACAGAAGGGCCCAAUAAAUCUGCAAGAAGCCAUCAAAGAACAGGCCUCCAGUCAUUACUUACAGCAGAAGGAUCUCAGUGACGUCAUAGCCGACCUGAAAAAUGUGCUGCAAACAAGGACAUCACAGGAAAUAAAAGAAGGCACUUUGUUAACUAGAGAAGACAGGAAUAACUCCAUAAAAAUAGAUUCUCUCUUAAUUCCUUUAAACGAACAGCUAAACUACACUAAACAAGUCAGUUCAUGUCUAGGGAGUUUACAACAGCAGUUUAACAGUUUGCAGGAAAGCAUAGCACAAAUGAUUUCUGAAAUGCAGAGUGUUAAACUUGCGGUUCAUUCUAGACCUACAGAAAGAGUGAUGCCAAGGUCUUCAGUGGAGGGUAAGGGCCAGGCUUCUGCCGUGAGAGAUGUGAUUUUAGAAUUGUGUGAUACCGAGCGGAGACUGGAAACACAAAUCAAGAGAAAUUCUAUUUACAGCACUGCGGUGACAUGCGCUGUGUUUGCUAUUACUCUGCCCGUACUCUAUAUUAUACUUAAAGGGAACUGAUCUCUAAUUAAUUGCCACAAUUUACUAGAUUAAUAAAAGUAAACUUGCACUCUAAGUACGUAAGAGUACGAGUCCAAAUAAAGUUGUGUUAGCAUUUCUCGUUAUGCUUUCUCCUGUAUAUUUGGAAAACUUGUAAAGGCUUAGUCCAUCUACAGCUGCAGGCUCCAGGUUUACAGUCUUUUACAGUCAUGCCUUGUGGUUUUUAACUCUUCAAGCAAAGGAAAUUCCACAGUUUCAUCUGUUGAUUUUAUUCACUGGUUCACUCUUUUACUGUCUAGUCUUGUAUAUCAUGCCAGUCAGUGACUUUCACUCUGGAGCUGUAUUUGAGAUUUUCUGUUCAAGUUAUUCUUUUAAUCUAUCAUUGAUCCAAGUGCUUCAUGUGUAAUCCUUUAUAAUUUUUGUCCUUAUUUCUUCAUAGUUUUGCAAUUUGUCCAUACACAAAACAUUACGAGUCAUUUUACCAAACAGACAGAAAUAUUUGCCCUGAAGUUUUUGUUUUGUUUUGGUUUGGUUUUUUAAUUCUAGAUGCAGCGACUUGAAAUGUGAAAAACAGCAGGGGCCAUGUAAAUAAGGAUUGAAAUUACUAUGAUACAAUGUGGCUGUACAGCCAGAUGAUUCAUUUAAAAUACAUUUAAGUUACAUGUGGUAACUUUUUCCUAGGAAUGUUUGAAGUAUCCAAAAGCAUUUCUGGAGCUUUAGCUAUUUGUUACUAGUAGCUCCAUGUCCUUAAAGGCUUACAGGCAGGGAAGAAGAGUUCAGAUACAGAGAUGUAGUAAGUGUGAUGAUGUUUAUUCUGCAGAUGCAAGCCAAUUAACCUUUCUUUACAGACUUCUUAACCCAUCAUUCCCUAUGUAUUUUGUGGUUUUAGUAAUCAUCUAUGGCGCAAUCACUUUCUUCUCCUUACUAGUGUCUCAUUGGAACUCUCCAUUUUUUAUUCUUCUUUCAAUUUUGUCGUGUCUGGAAAUGGCAAUGCUACUGUACAGCAGGUGCUUUUAAGCUGGUAUGUUAAUGGUAAUAGUGUUACACAAACUACUCCAAAAUAAUAUUUGGAAAAAACUGAAAGGUCCAGCUGCCUUUUUUUCCGGGAAGGAUGAAGAAUGGCUGA